GGUUCCGAUUGAUUCUUCACCAAUUCCAGUUGAUCCAGUAUCUGGAUUCUGGAGUCUGGACCGGAAUUUUUUUCUUUAAACCCUGGCCUGGGCUAAAUGCCUAAACCCCAGAAACCCUAGGAAGGCAAAUCACCCAAGUCGUGCCCUGAGACCGGUGACGCGACUCGCACUUGAAGAUCGAAGUAGGAGGAGCGAACUUUUCUUCUAUUAUCGAAAUCGAAGGUUGCAGAUUUGCAGAGAUUAUCGCGUCCUCUACAAAUAGACAUUCUCUCAGGGCUGUACAAGGAUGGUUUGGUUUCAGUGCGAGGACUGCGGCGAGAACCUCAAGAAGCCCAAGUUGCCGAACCAUUUCAGGAUCUGCUCCGCUUUCAAGUUAUCCUGCAUAGAUUGUGGAGAAACAUUUGGGCAACAGAGUGUUCAAGGUCACAAUCAGUGCAUUACAGAAGCGGAGAAAUAUGGUCCAAAAGGACAAGUAAAAGCUUCAUCUAAGACACCAGCAAAGCCAACCAGUGACUCCAAGCCAAAACCUGAUUUUGACGUCAAUGUUGGGUUAUCUUCUCGUCCCCCCUGGUUUUGUAGCCUGUGUAAUGCCAGUGCUACAAGUAAGCAAACCUUGCUACUGCAUGCAGAAGGAAAGAAACACAGGGCAAAAGCCCGUGCUUUCCACAAUUCUAAGCAACAAACAAAACCGACGGAAGAAUCUGCUCCUAGUCUGAAGGAAUCAACCUGUGACCCCACAAAGGAAGAUUUGCUUACUGGGAUAGAUGUCGAGCCACAAAAAGUACAAGAUCCACGGAAAGAUGGUGUUGUGCUUAGCUGCUCAGAUGGAAGUCUGUCAUCAAAGAGAAAAAAAACACUAGAUGAAUCUGAAAGUGGAAAUGCUAGAGGAAAGCAUGGUACUGAUACUCCAGGAGAUUCGAACAAUGGAGAAGUCAUUCAAGCAAAAAUACCUGGAGCAGAACCAGAGUGCCAGGUGAAGAAAAGGAAAGCUUCGGUUUUGCCCAAGGAAGAUAAGGUGGAGAACAUGGGUGACAGUAAUAAGGAAGCUAAGAAGAAGAUCAAGUGGAAGAAGCUGAUUACUUCAGCAUUGAAAUCAAAUUCUGAUGGAACACUGAAGAUUAAAAAGCUGCAAAAACUAGUCUUCAAAGCCCUCAGAGAGUCUGGUGCCACUGAAGACGAAGAAGCUGAACUAAAAGACAUGCUCUUACAUAAGAUAAAUUCAAGUUCUAGAUUCAUGCUCCAGGACAAACUUGUUCAUUUGGUGGCCAAAAGCUGAAACUGAUCUUUCUGGCGGUGUAGAACAAAAUAUUUGGCAGCUGUUGCAAGUAGAUAGAUGCUGUUUACAGACUCCAGACAUUUCUUACCCAUUUUUGUAGGAAUCAGCUUCAAGCUCAGUUCUAUUUUCUUUAUUAUGUUUCAUUAUGGAUUUAAAUUCAGUCUCUAGGGAUCAGUUGGAAUCUCUUUAUUUUGUUUUCUCCAGUUUUUCCUACCAUUGGAAAGUUUUCGGAGAAAUUGUGUUGUCGAGUCCAGAGUUAGAUCUCUCCCUUUUAAGUUUUACCUUUGUUUUUUGGGAGUCCACAUGUAUCUGCUUUUUACAAUUUAUGGAGAAUUGGAUCUGGGCAGUUGAGGUGGA